AGACAUAAGAAAACUGAACAAGAAUUGGAUGGAACUAGAAAGGAACGUUGAGGACAGAGUGGGUUGUAGAAUGCUGGUUGGCUGCCUAUGCUCCAUUGGGAGUAACAGGCGUAACUCUGUUGGACCAUUUGAUUCAUCAUGGAUUCAUUUCAUUGAAAAUUCAAAUAAUUUUAAACUUGACGAAAUAUUUUCUUUAAAUUUACCUAAUACAGACCAAUCUCCAUCUUUAAAUACUAUUGGUUCACAAUUAUUUGCAUUAACCUAUGAUGAUAAAUGGUUAUUUGUUGGUGGAAGAUGGGAUGGACGUUUAACUAUAUAUAAUAUGUAUCAAUCAAAAAUUCAUGCUUUAUUAACAAGUCCACAUAUAGAUACAAUUAGUUGUGUUGCUAUGGAUUCAGCAUAUAGUUUAAUUGAUCGACAACCAUUUACAUAUCAUGGUGAUUUUAAUAAAAUCAAUAAAUUCUUAAUAGAUCAAUACAAGAAUUCAAUUAGAACACAUUAUUAUAUUAUUACUGGUAGUCGUGAUGGUACAUGUGCUAUAUGGGAUUUUGAUAUUUUAAAUGAAGAAGAUAAUGAUGAUCGUGAUCGCGAUCAUGAUUAUGAUCAUGAUCAUGACCGUGAUGAAGAAGAGGAUCUCACAGAGUUUCGAUAUGAUCAUUCACCUUUUAUUAAUGAUUCAUUAUUAUCAUCAUUUAAUCAAAGAAAAUUAUUAAAUAGUAAUGUGUUUUUUGGUAGUCAAGAUGAUCUAUCAAUGAAUUCUGAUCCAAAGACUAUACAUGAUGAACAAGAUCAAAAGGAACAUUCUUCGUAUUAUCGAUCUUUUGAUGAAACUGGAUCAUCACCAUCAUUAUCAUCAAGACUAUUAUUCAAUACAAUCUAUUUACCUAAAAUGGAUUAUCAUUUACAAUAUAGAAAUGCUGGUAUACCAUUUUAUCCAUUUCAUUCAUAUAAAUCUAAAAAAUCAAAACGUUUAGCAAAAAUAAUAAAAAUUUUCUAUGGAAAUUUAUAUGGUAACCCAGUAACAUGUGUUGCAUUAAAUAUUCCCUUAGAUACAGGUCUCAUGGCAACAAAUGCUAAUCAUGAUCUAUAUUUAUUUAGUGUCAAAUUAUCAAAUUGGUCACGUGUACUUAAAUUGAAUACAAUCGAAUCAGAUAUGAUAAGUGAAUUAAAUUAUCCAUUUGAGACAUAUCCAAAUACAGAAAAGAUAUUUUUACAUACAAAUAGAUAUACUACUGUCAAUCAUCUACUUAUAUCACCUAGAUUAGGUUUAAUUUAUAUACAAUGGAAUGUUAUUAUAAAAAUGAAUCAAUCGAAUAUAAAUAAAGAAGAAAUUGGACCUAAAUUAAGUUUAUUUAAUUCAAUCGGUGAAAAAUUAUUAGAAAUUUCACCAUUUAUUUAUACUACUGAUUAUAAUCAUAUAAGUAGUAAUGAAUUAAAUCAAAUUAAUGUUACACAAAUUUUAUUAACAUCAACACCAAUUCAAUCGAAAUGUACUUUUCAUAAUGAAGAUAAUGAUCAUCAUCAUAAUACUGAAGAAUAUUUAGAUGAUCAUCUCAAUCAUUCCAUAUCUCAACAUAUUCUAAUGUCAUUUAAUACAGGACAUUUUAUGAUUUUAAUGGCAGAAACAUUAGUACCUAUUUAUUGUAUUAAAUUAAAUGAAGGAAUUAAUAAUCUAUCAUUAUUAUGUAAUCUUUCAUCGAAUCAUUAUCUUAUGGAAGGUAUUCAUCUUAUGUUAUCAUUAAUGAAUAAUCAAUUAGUAAUAUUUCAAACAAUACGAAAGAAAACAGAAAGAAAGGAGUUAGCUUAA